AUGUCAUCCUUUUCUCCUUCCUCUAUUAUUCCACUAACAAUCAAACCCUCAAGAGCUCAAUUUCAUCUUCUCUCUGAUUCAUUCAACCACAAUUUCGUCCAAGACCUUGAAAAUUGUCACGAACCACUUAAUGGGGUUCACCAAAGCGAGGCCCUUGACCCACCCGAGAGAGUAAUCAUCCAAGACUCACCUGGGAUUUUGAACGACCUGUUGAUAGAUGAUAUUGAGAAGGAGAAGCACAAUUUGCUGAGGAGGAGGCAGAUUCAAAUGGAGACUGAAGAGUUGGAGAAGAUGGUGGAGGAGUACAGAGAUCUAGAGAGAGAAAUGCGUGAGAAGAAUCUGACUCCCAAUUUGCCUCACGUGAAGGCUCUGUUUUUGGGGUGGUUUGACCCUCUCAAGGAGGCAAUAGAGGCAGAGCAGAAGUCAAAGAGGUCGAAGAAGCACAAAGCGGCGUUUGCACCCCACAUUGAUUCCUUGCCUGCGGCUAAAAUGGCUGUUAUUGUUAUGCAUAAGGUGAUGGAAUUGGUGAGUGUGCAGUAUCAUCACGCUGGCUGUGUUCUCCUCGUGGAUGCUGCUGUUCAGAUUGGUAUGGCUGUGGAACAAGAGGUUAGGAUUCAUAAGUUCCUGGAAAAGACAAGAACUUACCAGAGUAAGAAAACAGAGGCCGAUGGGGCAGACUGUACGGAUAAUAAUACACAAAAGUUACGGAAAAAGGUAAAUGGGUUGAUUAAAAGAAGAAGACUGAAACAGGUUCAGAUGCUAUUGAAAGAGGAAGAAUGUGGCCCCUGGGGGCGCGAGACGCAGGCAAAGCUGGGAAGUCGAUUAGUAGAUUUAUUAAUUGAAACGGCAUUUGUACACUCUCCAGUUAAUCAGUCUGCUGAUACUCCACCUGAUAUUCGACCAGCAUUCGGGCAUAGAUUUAGAGCUAUAUCAAAAAAUCCAGAGCAAAAGAUUUUGAAGAAUUAUGGUGUUAUAGAAUGUGAUGCCUUAGUCCUUGCUGGGAUGGACAAAUCUGUUAAGCAUAUGUUAAUGCCUUACAUGCCAAUGUUAGUACCUCCAAAAAGGUGGAAAGGGUAUGAAAAUGGUGGGUAUUUGUUCUUAACAUCUUAUAUCAUGCGUACUCAUGGAUCCAAGAAGCAACAAGAUGUAAUGAAGAAUGUUGAAAGGAAACAAAUGCAAAAAGUUUUUGAGGCCUUGGAUAUACUUGGCGACACUAAAUGGCGAGUAAAUGGAAGAUUACUUGGUGUUGUAGAGUCCCUCUGGGCAGGAGGAGGUAACAUUGCAGGUUUAAUUGAUCGUAAAGAUGUUCCUAUACCGGAGAGGCCAGCUGUUGAGGAAUUAAAACAAAUUCAAGAAUGGAAGUGGAGUGUAAAGAAGGUAGAGAAAAUUAAUCUAGAGAGACAUUCUAUAAGAUGUGACACUGAACUUAAGCUUUCUGUGGCUCGGAAAAUGAGAGAAGAGGAAGGUUUUUAUUAUCCCCACAAUGUUGACUUUCGUGGCAGAGCAUAUCCAAUGCAUUCUCAUUUAAAUCAUUUAAGUUGUGAUUCAUGUCGAGGAUUGCUUGAGUUUGCUGAAGGGCGUCCAUUAGGAAAGUCUGGACUACAUUGGUUGAAAAUACACUUGGCAAAUUUAUAUGCUGGUGGUAUUGAAAAGUUGUCUUAUGAUAACCGCCUAGCUUUUGUAGAGAAUCAUCUCCAUGAUAUAUUUGACUCUGCUGAUAACCCUAUUAAUGGAAAUCGUUGGUGGUUAAUGGCUGAGGAUCCUUUCCAGUGCCUAGCUGCUUGUAUUAAUCUGUCAGAAGCCUUAAGAAGCUCGUCACCAAAUUCUGCUCUCUCACAUCUUCCAAUUCAUCAGGAUGGUUCUUGUAACGGCUUACAACACUAUGCUGCUUUGGGAAGAGAUGUUGAAAGGACUCUUGAAGGAAAAUCAUGCUGUGAAAAUCUGAGGGUACAAGGAUACAAGAAAUUGAAAGUUCAACUAGAAGGAGAAAAAUGUGUUGGUUCUAUUCCUAUAUCUAAAACUUUAACCCUUCACAAUGUCCUUCAGCUGGAGGCUGCUGCUGUUAACUUGGUCACUAGUGAGAAGCCAGCUGAUGUUUACUCAGAGAUUGCUGUUAGGGUUCAUGAUAUUAUGAGAAAGGACAGUAACAAAGACCCAGCUGUCUAUCCAAAUGCUUUGUUGGCAAAAGUUCUAAUUGAUCAGAUUGAUAGAAAACUGGUCAAACAGACAGUGAUGACUUCAGUUUAUGGUGUUACUUUUGUUGGGGCACGAGAGCAAAUGAAGAGAAGAUUAGAGGAGAAAGGCCUUAUUACUGAUGAACAACUUUUAUUUACUGCAGCUUGCUAUGCUGCUAAAGUGACAUUAACUGCCCUUGGAGAAAUUUUUGGAGCUGCACGUGUCAUUAUGGGUUGGCUUGGUGAUUGCGUAAAGGUGAUUACUUCUGAAAAUCAUCCUGUCAGUUGGACCACUCCUCUUGGUCUUCCAGUUGUACAACCAUACUAUAAAACUGAGCGCCAUCUGCUAUUGGGCAAUGCAACGGAGAUAGACCACACACUACAGAUCAAAACAUCUCUUCAGUUUUUGGCUUUGAGAAGAGAGGGUAAUGAAGUAGAUGCCAAGAAACAGAGAUCAGCAUUUCCCCCAAACUUCGUACAUUCACUAGACAGUUCACACAUGAUGAUGACUGCUCUUACCUGUAGGGAUGCUGGCUUAUGUUUUGCAGGGGUUCAUGACUCGUUUUGGACACAUGCAUGUGACGUGGAGAAAAUGAGUUACAUUCUUAGAGAAAAAUUUGUAGAACUUUAUAACAUGUCAAUACUUGAAAAUUUUUCCCUCCUCUGCCAGAGAGAGGUGAUUUUGACUUGCGGAAGGUUCUCGAGUCUCCAUACUUCUUCAACUGAACGUUCCUUCAAAGGAAGCUAUAACGAGGAAGCUAUAGCAAGGUUCCAUGGAAGUGUUGUUACCUUGACUUUUGAGGCAAAACAGUCUGAAACUUCUGCUUCUGAGACAAUUUUCAUCUGGUCUCAGAAGUUGUAA